CAAUCGGUAAAUAAAAAGAAAUAUAAAAUAUGGAUAUAGAUAAUAUAUAAAUUUAGAUUUGGACACUCCACGACAGAGGAUAGUCCACGUGUCUACUUUUAGCACUCUUGCCCUCACUUUCAAGAUGAGAAUAGAAGGUACUGUUACUGCCACCUACAACCACCCAUCAAAAGCGAUAGAGAUAGGGAGGGAGAGAGAGAGAGAGAGAAGCAGCGAGAUAAGAAAACCCAGAGAUCCUGUGUAAAACUAGCUUGGAGAAGGAAAUUAGGGUUUCUUUUGGGUUGAUUUUGAGGGAAGGAUUGAUCGGAAAUUGGGUUUUGUUUUGGUAGUGGGUGGGGGGAAAUGUACAUAGGUUCUAUGCGAAAGUCGUUCAAGGACUCUCUUAAAGUGCUUGAAGCUGAUAUCCAACAUGCUAAUACUCUGGCUUCAGAUUUUCCAAGGGAGUAUGAUGGUGAAUGCCUUCAAAUGAGAAUGUCAUUCAGUCCAGCUGCACACUUCUUCUUAUUUUUGGUGCAGUGGACUGACUGUCAACUUGCAGGAGCCCUUGGGCUGUUAAGAAUACUAAUUUACAAGGUUUAUGUGGAUGGAACUACCACCAUGUCUACACAUGAAAGGAAAGCAAGCAUGAGAGAGUUCUAUGCUGUUAUCUAUCCCUCUUUACUGCAACUUCAUAGGGGUGUCACUGAUACUGAAGAUAAAAAACAGAAAGCAGUGUGCAUGGAAAGGUACCGGAGAAGAGAAGAUGAAGAGUAUAGGCAGCUUACUGAUGUUGAUGUUGAAAGAGAAGAAGAAUGUGGAAUAUGCAUGGAGAUGAACAGCAAAAUUGUGCUGCCAAACUGCAACCAUGCCAUGUGCGUGAAAUGUUACCGUCAAUGGCGAUCAAGAUCACAGUCAUGCCCCUUCUGUCGAGAUAGUCUCAAGAGAGUAAACUCUGGGGAUCUCUGGGUAUAUACAGACAGCAGGGAUAUAAUUGACAUGGCCACACUGACGAGGGAGAAUCUUAGAAGGCUUUUCAUGUAUAUAGAUAAGUUGCCACUGAUUGUCCCUGAUACCAUUUUUGAUACUUAUGAUUCCCACCUAAGGUGAUAAGUACAUUCUAAAAUAUCUUCUCUGUGGCUUGAGUAUUUCCUGCUCGAUUUCUCUUGAUUACAUAAAAAGUCCAAAUUGCUGGAUUUGGCAAAUUUAGAUCAGCUAGUAUUGCAGUGCUUUCGUCACACUUCUCACCAGAAGGGAAAACCAUGCCCGAGUUAUUGUGGGCUGGUGCUGAAGUUGAGGCAGUUCAUCUAGGAGCCCUUAAAUUGUAUUUGCUACAUAUGUACAUGCUUGUAUAGCCUAAAGCUUGAUGAUUAAAAUCUUUGCUAAAUCAUUUUCUCUCAUAUCUGCAUUUUACUCUUUUUUUUCGGUGCUUGCUGUCUUUUGAGGUUUGUAGUCCUGAAAAAGAAUUGAUAGAACACAGUAAUACGGGAAACGAUUCAUGGAAUGUGUUCAACAACUUGAAUACAUAGGGAUCCGGCUGAACGAUGAUUGCAUGUUGCAUGGGGAUGGUAG